GUUAUUGGCAUCCCUCAGUACUCAGCAGAGAUUGUUCACAUUUCUCUGAGAGGCAAGUCUGGCCUGGUCUCUGACCUGGUUCCCUGGUUCCUGUUCAUGCAUCUGCCAUCUGGCAGCUUCUCUAAACCCUCACUUAGUACAUGCAUCCUCUUUUAUGAACAUUCAAGUUAAUAUUAGUUGGCACAAAUGACCGAGCUUUGGGCCCCUUCAGGGCUCAUAUAAUAUAGCAGUGCACUGUGUCAGUGUGCCCGGUGACGUCACGGGGAGAAAGUUACUAUUAUAAUUUUCAAAACAAAGCGAGCACGAGCACACCAUAAAGGGAAACACGCCGUUUGCAGUUGGCCGGCUCCGCGGAGCUGGGUGUUAAGGGGUCCAUGGCUUAGAAAGGGUUAAUAAGUUCUGCCCCACACUUGUUUCACUUUCAAUUUAGUGCGUUCGAUCCAGUUCAAAAUAUUGGCGGGAAAGGACGUAUAUCUCGCAAUAUCUCACAAUGGUACAAAUUAAAUCCUUAUUUUUAGUCCUUUUGAUGUCUCCUGCGGUCCUCACAGAAUUGGUAAGAACACAGCAGACUGUUGUGGCCUCUCUUGGAGAUGAAGCCCUUCUCAAGUGUGAGCUCACAACACCCAAAGAUGUCCUGCAGGUCACCUGGCAGAGGGUGACUGAGGGUAGGACAGAAAACAUGGCCACUUAUAGCAAGCGCUACGGUAUGAAAAUCACAGACCCUUUCCGUGAUCAUGUCCACUUCCGGGAGGCAGAACUGCAGGAGUGUUCCAUAGCUAUUGAGGGUGUCAAGAAGGAGGACGAGUCUUGCUACAAGUGCCUGUUCAAUGCCUUUCCUGAUGGGGCCAUUUCUGGGACGACCUGCCUCAAAGUCUAUGAAUUGCAUGAGCCCAUGUUGGAAGUAAGACAAACUGUUGUACAGGAUGAUGGUCUUCAAGUACAUGCCCUGUCCUGCUCUGUAACUGGGAGACCUGCUCCAAAUGUGUCAUGGGAUGCUAGAAAUGCCAUUCUACAAAAUUCCACAACAACUGAAACUGUACAUCACAAUGGAACAACAACCAUCACAAACCAUGCUACAGCUGUAGUACAGUCUAGCCUUCCAGACAUAGAGAUCAAAGUGAAGUGUGUUGCAGAAGACCCCUUUAAAGUGGAGAAAAAAGAGAUCUACAGAAGAAUCCCCAUAAUAAGACACAGCGACAGCAGAAACAGUGAUUCUAACUGGAGCAUGACAGCAGUAGUCUUGGCAAUCAUUCCUUUGAUAGCCACUGCUGGAUUUGGAAUCUGGUUGCACAGGAAAAGACGGCACCAGAGCAGAGAGUCUUCUUCACAAGGCAGUGCCAUUAAAUAUCCAAGUGAUUCAUCUUCAGAAACAAACAGCACACCAGCUUCAUCUUCCUUUAAAAUACAGAUAAGUCCACAAACCACCCUAAAGAAACGAGAAUCCAUGUUAGCUUCUCCAACAAACAACGGACAAUUUGGAGAAAAGAAGUGUAAAAGGUCCCUUUUUUAGUACCAGAACUUGAGGCCAUGAAGCGUGAUGAUUCACACUGAAUUAAUGUCCAUAUUAUUCAUUCCUCAUUGUACUCAGUUUUAUUGAUAUACUGUAUUGUUUUAUUACUCUAUCUUCUAUUUGUGGUCCUUAUUUCUUU